AUGAGCUCAACACACUUCAUCGACGGCUAUAGCUGUACCCGUGAAGUCACUGCGGGAGGCCAUGUCGGAAGCCUACACUUCGAAGCUGACAAGACCCUUCGCAGGAACGAGGGCGGUCCCGUUGGCCCCGGCAAACAAACGAAUCAACGCGCCGAAUUAAAGGCUGUGCUCAUCGCACUUCAGAAAGCCUCCAACAAAGUCGACGUGCUUGUUCGUACCGAUUCCCAAUACGCUGCCCAAGCCGUCACAGAAUGGUACUACGAUUGGCGGAUACAGAACUGGAAGAAGCCAGAGGGCAAGCAUCGUCAGAAUGAGCACCUCAUCGAACAGAUCGUGACGCUCAUGAAGAGGAGGGCUAGAUUGAUGGUGACUACAGAGUUCACCUGGGUCAAGGGGCACAGCGGUGACCCAGGCAACGAGGCGGCUGAUGCCUUGGCCUCGGCAGGAUCGAGGUGA